CAGUUGUUAAGCAGCAGCAGCGCGCGAAGCACUUCUUGACCGCCGCGUUCUUUGUGCGCGACCUGCUCCCGAUCAGCUGUGACCACAAAUGAUCCUCAAUGGUCAGAAGGCGUGCGCGAGUGGAUUUAAAUUAAUAGAGCAGUUUUCGGUGUGGAAUCUGUGCGAAAGUGGAUAUAAAUGUGCUGCUAUCGCGCUGAGACGAGAGACAAUUAAUAUGGAUUUACAUGAAUUUAUCACUCCAACGUCUUGCGUGCGCAUGAAUGGGUAGGGGUACGUGCAAAAUGCAUUGGGAACUGAGUAUUAUAUCCGGUGGUUAAGUGAAAUCUCCUUCGUGUAGUUCUUUCUUUUCUUGUCGCUGCACGAGGAGAUGAGCGGCGGGCUGGCGACAAGCCGGAGAUCUCUCCGGAGAUCGCAAUCACUGCCACAUAUUGCAUCGCAAUCGUCACGCAAUGAUUCGGGAUUGGGCUUUAGUGGAUCAUGCAGCGAUCUCGAUCACAUUCAUCACCACCAUCAUCAUCUACAUAGCCAAGAACCAAAGAUAGCUUAUGGUGCUCGCCUCGUGACGGAUUUGAGGCAAUUAAUGACUUUGCGGCAACACUACUACCCCGAAGGUGGCUGGGGAUGGCUCCUGACCAGCAUCGGGUUAACAAUGCAGUGCAUCAGUCAUGGGCUCCACACAUCCGCCGGCGUGCUCAUGGUGGAAAUGAUGCGGACAUUCAAUCAAGACAUCUUGAAUGCAGGAUGGCUAGGAGCUCUAUCAACUGCCGUCGCCCUGGGCAUUUCACCGAUUACGGUGGCUCUCUGCAAACGCAAGUCGACACGCCUCACCGCCGUUAUUGGUGGUCUAGUCACAGCUCUUGGGUGCCUCUUCACAUCGUUCGCCUCGCAAUUUCACCAAUUGUUCUUCAGCUAUGCGACAGUUGUUGGAAUCGGUGUGGGAAUGACGAGAGACUGCUCGACGCUAAUGGUGGCGCAAUAUUUCAAGCGACGCCGGGAAUUUGUGGAGAUUUUCAUUGUGGCCGGAAGUGGCUUGGGUAUCACGGUGAUGUCCGCAUUCAUCAAGUCCACCAUUGAUUCAAUUGGAUGGAGAUUAGGUUUGCAGGCAGUGACUGGUGUUGUCUUUCUCACAUUCAUCUUGGGCACAUUCUAUAGAUCAGCAUCCCUGUAUCAUCCCCAACGACGUGCCAUCUUGCAUCUUAAGAAUCAACGACGGAAGAUUAAGGAUAAAAACAAGCAGGACGACUCACCGCCAUUCUUUGACUUUCGUACUCUUCGGAGUAAGACUGUGAGGAUACUCCUCGUCUCCACAGCCAUCAGCGGUUUCGGCAUCAAUACUCCUAUCUACUAUUUAGCUCAUCAAAUGGAACAGGAUGGCAUUGGGGAUCGCAUAGUUGUCCUGCAGGCCUAUCUCGGGCUAGCCUUCAUGCUAGGUUGCGGUGCUUUCGGCAUGCUGGUGGUCCGGAAUAGCGUUGAGUGUCGCAUUGCGCGACAAUAUCUCUGCCAAACGAGCAUCUUCAUGUGCGGCAUCAGCAUUCUCGCCUUCACAGCUGUUCACGGCAACUACCACGGCUACGUGAUGUUCGUCUGGAUCUACGGCAUCUUCUGCGGUGGCUAUCACUACUCCCUCAAAAUGUACACCUACGAGCGGGUCCGAGCGAGGAAUUUUGCCCGAACAUGGGGUUUUGUUCAAUUCUCUCAAGCAGCUCCAAUUGCCUUUGGCAUCCCCCUAACUGGGUACAUCAGUGAACGUGCAGGAGCCAAGGAAGGGUACUACUUUAGCAGCCUGUGUGCCCUCCUCGGCUGCCUGGUGCUCUUCUUUGUUGACCUCCACAGAAGAAGUUUAUCAAGACACAAACACACCAGAGCCAAUGGAACACGACACCUCUGCACCUCCGAUUCCUGCCCACAACGACGAAAACUCUCCUUCUCCCAGGAACCCGAUCACGAGCCUGGAGUUCUCGUAACCGGAGCCACACUAAUGAUUGGCUCUGAACUACUCAUACCCCAACUCACGGAUAAAUUCAUCGAACCAGCUGUAGAGAAACCCGAAUUAACGUGCAUCUCUGAGGAGGGAAUUGCCGAUAUGGACCUCCCGGAUAAUCUCCUGGAUGACCUUGACUACGUGGGGGAUUGUAUAACGUCAUGCAACAAAGUUGAGAACUUCCUGAUGCUAAGUGAAUUCGAGAAUAAUCUAAAUGCCGAAAUUCCUGCCAUGCUUGAACGAAGGCGUCGUCGGGUAUCCAUCUCAAUGGGGCGCAAUGCAAAAAUAAGUGAAGCUGAUGAGGAAGGCAGUACAGGGAGUGAAAAGAAACCCCGGAAUGCCAAUUGUCCGGAACAUCAACACACAAAUAGUCACAGACAUCAUAAAAUCUGCCAUACACCAUCAAAUGCAAUAUCUGUGAUUGAUGAGGCUUCUGUCUAAGUAGCGCCCCUCGUGUAUUGAAUCAAUUUCUCAAAAACGUACCUGACAAAAUUUCUUCAAUUUUCAAGACGACGCACUUCCGGAGGAGAUGCAAAAAAGGAGAGUUUACAAUAAAAUUGUAUAAAUCUGUGUAUAAUAAGACUGUAGCCGCAAAUGCAGGAAUAUUUAUCGAAUUUGUGUAGUAAAUAUUUCCAAUUACAUAAUAAACACACAAAAAAUGGUAAAUAAACAUCAAUUUAGAAGAAAA